AUGUCCAGCUCGUGUUCUAGCGGAGGGGAAGGCCGGCUGCCGCCGCGGGGGCACCGGCUGGCCCGGCUCCCUCCCGCCCUCCGCCGCCGAGAGAGGCCUUUCCCUGACACCCCCCUCCCUCCCUCCCGCCGUGGGCGGUGCGGCCGUGACGAUCGGCACCGCGGGGCCAAUCCGCCCCGGGGGGAGUUCCCCCUCCAUUCAGGGCUGCUCGCCUGCGCGUUGAGGGGAGGGGGCCAUUGCCGCGGCGGCCACGCCCCCUUCCUGGCACGCCAUUGGCUGCGGCGGCUGAAGGCGCCGCCCCCCGCGGCGCGCACCGCCCACGGCCCCCCCUCCUCCUCCUCCUCGGUGCGUGCGUGCGUGAGUGUGAGCGUGUGCGAGUUGAAGGGGUCGGGGACAAAAGGCAGCGCCGCGCCGCCCCCGGGCCCGGGCCCCGCCGCCAAGCCCCCCUCUCCCCUCCCGCCGCCGAAUCGGUUGGCACCGGGGCCCGGGACCGGGGGGAGGACGGCGGGGGGAGCCGCUGGCGCGGGCCGCGGCCGCGAUGUAAACAUUCCACAAAAGGGCUCCCCAGAGAGGGGGGCGUGGUCUCGCCGGUGGCGGGCGGGGCCAAUUCGCCGCGUGGGUGGGCUUCUCACCGUGACGGCGGCGCGGCCCCGCUCGCCAAUUGGCCGGCGCUUUGGUACCGCAGCCAAUAGGGCGGCGGGGGAGGCGGGACGGGGGCGGGGCGCGCUGCUUAUACGGACAUUUUUCUUCGGCGGUCGCUCCCCCCCCUCCUCUCCUCCCUCCCUUCCUCUCCACAUCCCCUUCCUGGGGGCCGCGGCCAAUAGGGCCAACGGGCGCUCGGGGCUCCCCCCCUGCGCGAGGAGGGGCGGGAUUUCCCGGGGAACAGAGAAGCGGGCAGCGCUCCGCCGCGGCGGCCGACAGACGGUUACUCCAUCUUACCCCCCCCGCCGAGCCCCCCGCCCCCGCCGGGGCACCGGCGCCGCCCCCGCCCGCCCCCCCCCUCCGGGAGGAGGGGCGCGGGGACCCCCCCUUCUCACUGCGCCGGGGACAGCCCGCCCCCGCCGCCCGCCCGGGAGGUGCCCGCCACCCCCGGACCCUGAGGGAGACCCGGCCGCUGCCAGGAGCCGCUUCGAGGUAAGGAAGAGCGGGGCGGCGGGGACGGGAGGCCGCCGGGCCCGGGGCCGGCCCCCUCCGGCGAUCCGUAGGGGGCGGGGCCCGGCGCCGGUGCGGCGGCGGCGCGGGGUUGGUGGGGGGGGCCGGUCGGUGCCCGCGGCGCGGCUCCCCGGGGAGCCCCGGCCCGCGCGGGCGGCCGCGCGUCCUCCCGCCCCGCCCCGCCCCGCCGGGGUGUCCCGGCCCCGGCAUGGCGGGAGCGGCGGGCGGAGCGUGCGGCGGCCGCUGGGCGCGCUGCGAGCCGGGCGCCGCCUCCUCCCCCCGCCCCUCCGCCCGCCCUCCGCCCGGUGCCGCUCCCGGGCUGCGGCGGGACCGCCCCCGGCAGCGCUCGCCCGCAUUGCACGGCCCCGGUACCGGCCGCACCGCGCGCCGCGGCUCCCGCCCGCCCGGGGGGCGUUCCGAGAGCCGGGGGGGGCGGCGCGGAGCUCCCCGGUGCCGGCGCUCGCCCAACUUGCCGGCGGAGUUGCCAUGAAGGCGCUGUGCCGGUGCCGGUGCCCGCGCUCCGGGCUGGCCGGGUUCCCCCGUGGCUCUCGCCGCUCUCCCGCUCCGCAGCGCGGCUCUCCGGAAAGACCUGUUGGAGCGGCACCGGCGCGGAAACCCGAGAGCUCCCCGUGCACCCGUUAA